AUGUCCGCCCUGUUGCGGGAUGCCCCUGUGGGCCAGGUGAUCCGAUUCAUUACGAGGAACAAGUAUCUCCAAUAUCCAGAGGAAAGGUCCGAUUUUGUCCUGCCUGAGUCCUAUCAAUCCCACAAGCUUGGUGCAGCACGGCAAACUCAGCCAGUUCUACCCGUGCCUGAAGACAUCGAGAAGAAACUCGAGGACGACUCCGACGACGCCCACAGCCUUACUGCAGCCAGAACAGCCGCCGAUGGGGAGUCUCUUGCUCUUUCAGACCGGACGCUGUCCAAGAUCAUGACGCGACCCGAGCUAAGCCAGGUCAACACCCGCGCCGAUCUCGAACAGGCCUAUUCCAAUGCCACGCGACAAGAGACGCUGAAGAAUCAACCCAGUCGGCCCAUUGCCCCUCAAGUCACCGCUGAUGGCACCAUCUUGGUCGAUUGGUAUGCCACCGACGACCCGGAGAAUCCCCAGAAUUGGUCCAGGGGGAAGAAAACCAUUGUCGUCUUGCAAAUCUACCUCUACACGCUUGCUGUCUAUAUGGGAUCGGCCAUUUUCACUCCCUCUGAACCCUUCAUUGUUGAGAAGAUGGGUGUCUCUCCAAACGUCGCCGCACUCGGCUUGUCAAUGUAUGUCUUGGGAUACGGUAUCGGCCCCCUCAUUUUCAGCCCUCUCUCGGAGAUCCCUAUCAUUGGCCGCAAUCCACCUUACAUGGUCACCUUGGGAAUCUUCGUGAUCAUCUCCAUCCCCACCGCCGUUGUCAAUAGCUUCCCUGCCCUCGUCGUUCUGCGGUUUCUGCAAGGCUUUUUCGGCAGUCCUUGUUUGGCAACCGGGGGCGCUUCCAUUGGCGAUAUCUACUCGCUACUGAAGCUGCCUUACUUCCUCACCGGGUGGGCAGCGUUUGCUACAGCGGGUCCGGCUCUUGGCCCAAUCAUCUCCGGUUUCUCGGUGCCUGCAACGAACUGGCAUUGGUCGCUCUGGGAGAUUGUCUGGCUCGCAGCCCCGGUCUACGUCUCUCUCCUGUUCUUGCUCCCCGAAACAUCCGCCUCCAACAUCUUGCUCCGCCGUGCCGCUCGUCUUCGCAAAUUGACAGGCAACAACAACCUCAAGUCCCAGUCCGAGAUCGACCAGGAGAAACUCACCCUCAAUGAAGUUGUGGUUGGCAACCUCUGGCGACCUGCCCAGAUCAACAUCCUCGACCCUGCUGUCCUCUUUACCAGUUUCUACACGGCCUUGAUGUACAGCAUCUUCUACUCUUUCUUCGAAGUCUUCCCCCUCGUGUACGCUACCGGCAACCCAGGCAAGGCCACACAUGGCUACGGCAUGAACGGAGGCCAAAUCGGCUUGAUUUUCCUCUCCAUCUCUGUCGGCGUUAGCAUCGCAAUUGCCAUCUACGUCACGUAUCUGCACUUUGUGUUCGAGCCGGAGAUUCGCACCAGAGGUCUUGGAGAGCCUGAGAGACGUCUCAUCCCCGCCCUUCCAGCUAGUCUGCUCCUGCCCAUUGGCCUGUUCUGGUUUGCAUGGACCGGUAACAAUUCUCCCAAGAUUCACUGGAUUGUGCCCACGCUCGGCGUCGUCGUAUUCACAAUCGGGAUCUUCAUCCUCUUCCAGUGCAUCUUCAUCUACAUCCCCUUGACGUACCCACAAUACGCUGCGUCGCUUUUUGCGGGCAAUGACUUUGCCCGUUCGUCGAUUGCCGCGGGCGCGAUUCACUUCUCUCGCCCCCUGUUCCACAACUUGGGCGUCGGCAGUGGUGUCAGCUUGCUUGCAGGCCUGACCGUUGGAGGCAUCAUCGGCAUUUUCGUCUUGUGGAAAUUUGGUGCGAACUUGAGAGCCAGAUCUAGGUUCGCUGCCAAGUAG